AUGUCAGGCGAUAACAAGCAAGAAAACGGCCACUACGUUUCGCCCGAAAGAUAUGCUCCUCACUUAUCAGAGUUCUACCCCUUAGUGAACAACAAAGCGAAAAACAGUGAGCAGAAACCCAUCGUAGAGACAAGUGAGGCGUUGCUGGAUUCACCCAUGCAAUCAAGUGUUGCAUCUGGAAUGUUUCGCAUACGGCGUCCAUCGUCAUUGAGGUCUGGUGUGAGCACUAUUACUGACUUGCAAACGUUGGUUACAAAAAAAGAUAUGGCACAGACGGUUGAUGCGAUGAAGCAAAUGCUGGCAAAUGUAGAUGCAUACGCAGAGGAACUGGUAGCAGUUUCACAAAAAGCAAGCAUGGUAGCGUUAUCGUUGGAGCAAAUGGCGCGGUUGAAGGGCUGUAACGACGAUACUGCAGAAAAAUUCCUAAGCUCGAGUGGGCUAUUCCAUCUAAUUGCGAAUCACCAGCGUAUCAUGGCCAAUUGCAUCACAUCCUCAAUGACAGAAAGUCUUUCAGAACGUGUCGAUGAUUUCCAGUUUAGCAGCAGGGUUCAAGAGGCCAAGUUCAAACAAGAGUUUCGCGAUCAGGCUCGCAAGCUCAAACUACAAGAGAGCUACAACAUUAAAUUCUCCAAGCGUAAAGUGCGUAAUCUAGUCUCUUAUAGGGAGAAUUUGGCAAAUUUACAACUUCAAUUGGAUGAGUUGGAGUCGUUGAAGCAUCGUUAUUAUCAGGAGUCCUAUGAGCUCGUAGAAUCGUGCUGCUCAGGCGUACUGAGAGAUAUUGCAACCGUUUCGCGAGCACAAGUCGAGAUUAGUGAAAAUAUUGCCAGGAAAGGUUGGUCUGGCGGUGGAUUAGACGAUUUAUUGAUACACGCAGAUGACCCGUUUAACAAGGAUCACGCAAACAAUGAUGAUGAUGAUGAUGAUCAUGAGGACGAUCAGAAUACACAUCAUACACCAGAAGCAACUUCCCAUUCUAGUCCUCAUUUAAGGCGCCUUACUUCUACUCCUCUUCCAGUAUCCAUUGAUUUAGAGUCCCCGUUAAGCCGAAGAGUAAGUCACCACGAAACUCAGGAGACCUUCGACAAUUCUUUCUCGCUUCCAGCACCAGGAACAAGAAGUGACGUAAUGGAAGAUAAUGAGAGCAAGCUUUCGGAAAAUGGGGAUGGUGAGGGUGAAAGUGAAACCAAAAAUCUGCUGGAUGGAUUAAGCAAUAUUGACAUGAGGGAAGACAAUUUACUAGAACAAUCGAGCGUGGUAAGCCGACAAAUGUAA